CCAUCCUCUAACCUUUAUUAAUUCCAUCUAGUCCCAUCAGACGACUUCUUUCUUCAUUUUGUUUUGGUUUGUAGGUGAAUAUGGAAAGUACCAAAGUAAUUUUCACCCUGCUUUCAGUUCACAUCACGUGCAUGAUAAGAGUAGCUGAGGAUUAUAAUUGUAGAAACGUUUUCCAAAGCGUCAGCUCAAACAGGUGUUAACACGAGGUAUUAAGAAAGUUAAUGUUGAAAUGAAAGCAGCUGAUAUUUGUGUAGUUAGAGGUUAACCUAGAAUAUAAGGUAAUGAAUUUUGUCCUGCAUAUUUUCUCUGCAAUUCAGAGAAGAUUAGCUUAAGUCCCAGUCUUUCAGUGAGCUUUGCACCAGAGAAAUUUUCUACUGUUCCAAAUCAUACACUGUUACUCCACUAGCAUAGUUCUUAGUAAGUAUCCAUGUUUAGUCCUGAAUUUGUUCACCUGUUGUACAUGCAAAGUAAAUCAGUUUUACUUCUCACCCAAACAUACCGUUUUAUGAGUAGGUAACACUAACUUAAAUAGCCAUUAUUAACUAAUAGAUUAAUGCUGAUCUACUUUUCUCCACUGUUUAAUAAAUGCUGGGCAGAUUUGGAUAAUUCAGAAAAUCUAGCUAGAGUCUUCUCUCAAAAGUGACUGGAGUAAUGAAUAUGUGUCCAAAGAUCAUACUGUUUCACUUUGCUUUUUAUGAAGUUACGUUCUUUUAGAGAAAGUUUAUGUUCCGUAGAAAUCGGGAAAGAUUCUAAUUAACAGAGCAGAAUGUUUUUUUGGAGCUGUUAAUGUGUCUUUCUUAUCCAGAUCCCAUAAACAUUAGGUAUUUUCUUGAUUUGAUUAGACAUGAAUGUAUCAAUGCCUGUUGUAAGCUUGAGUUCACCCUUAUGUCCCCAGCUACCAGCCAUUCACACUGCUACUGUUUGAGCUGAGGUGGCAUUCUUGCUAAAUGUAAAAAAGACCCUGAUGAAUUUUAGGACCUGAAAUUAAAGCUUUUAUUACCUCCUUUCUUGCCUUUCUGUACCUGGGAUAUUAUAGGAAUAUGUUGCUGUGGGCACCGUUUUCAGGAAAGCCGCCAGCAGAAUUCUGCAUUUCUUCCUUUGACUUUUUUCAGUUUUGCUUACUCUGCUGUCUGCAUUAUUUAGCCCUUUAUGUAACCUUCUCUUGCUCCAUACUUGCAUUCACCUGGCAGAAUUAGCCAAGAUUGCUGUACAAGCAAGACUUUCAAAUACUCUCCUUUAGAGUACACCACAUUCUCUUGCACACAUAGCAGUUUGCGAUGGAUGGCCCUCUCAAUCACAGCUAGAAAAACACUCCUCUAAUGUAGUUUUGUAGAGUAUAAGCAUGAGUUAUACGUCAGAUGGAUUCAAUGCAGACAGGAUUAAGGAUGUAAAAACAAAAUGCUACAUAGUAGUAGAGUGACAAAAAGCAGCCACAAAGCGCUUAGCGCUUACUGUAGGGAGUCUGAGAGGUGCCUGUUGUUACUCCUUAUGUUUAGCAUUUGUGCUUCAGCUCUUCAGCUUGCUCUAAGAGUGAAAAAAAGAGAAAAGGAAACUUGACCUUGACCUCAGGAGUACAGCUUGACCCCACUGCUACUGGAAGAAUCAUGGAAGUGCUUUUCCAGUUCCAUUAAUACCUUCCUUAUAUUUAAAGAAAGUUUUAGCAGCCAAAUGACAUGACCCACAGCAGAAGGGGACUUAACCUUGUAAGUGCCACACUUAAAUUUUUAUUCUUCUGGGGAAAAAAAGGGGCAUAGACUUCCUGGCAGGCAGCCAGUGAGUGAAGUCAGGUGGAAUUUGCCUUCACUUGGUUAUAAUCAGCUUUGUCCCUUUGUUGAUGCCACCUCAGCCAUACGCUGUUGCCACCUUCUCAUCCUGCCACUUACUGUCAUAAAGCUCAGCAAGGAAAAUAAACUGAAGGCACAAUAACAUAUGGAAGUGUCUUGCCAAGAUCUGGCUGGUCAUUUGAAGUGUUUUUCCUUUUUUCUGUGGGUCAGAGAUGAAGUCAGAACUAUAUGUUGUUUCAUAUAUAGGGAUCAUUAUUUUUAGACCAGCAGUAGGUUUUAGCCUCUGCAUGUAAUCCGCUCAGAGCCACAUGAGGCAUCAAGGUUUGCACAGAGUGUGGAGCUCAGAGUCACUGAUGUUGAGUAUAACUUGAGUUUUGGAAGUUUGGAUGCUCAAAGCACUGAAUUGUGUGGUAAUUUAAAGCUCAAUGACUCAUGUUCGUCUAUGUCAACUUCUGUUUCAGGCAUGGGAGAUUUGUGAUAAAAGCUUUUUAUAAAACCAGAUCCCAACUUAUGUAAUUCUUAGUACAUUGGUGUUCUCUGUGUUAAGGGAGGGAGAUAUGUGGCCAGAGUGCCACUGAGUUUGGAGUGUGCAUGUACUGCAGACAGGAAUCUUUGCACGUUCUCAGCAGCCAGAGACAGUGUAUACAGAGGGUAUCUUGGUACAUGUAAAGGUUAUCAGGGCCCAGUCUGAAAAACACCCGCUGAACUGCGUGAGUUUGGUGCUGCCAGUGAGAAGGUUUGCCUAGGAUGUCAUCCCUCAGCUAUACAUAGCAAACUCAAAGCUCCUUACAGAGAAACCUCUUACCAGUCACUUUCCACAAAUGGUGCAUAUACCUAAAGGUACUUAGUGAAAAUCCUUGAGAGGUAUUUAAUGCAAAAGCAGUUAGUCUGGUGUUUUUCAGAAGCCCACACACGCCACUAGCAGGGAGAAGUGCAGGGCAGCUACAGCACAGCACUUGGGCCAGUUACUCAUUUUGUUUCAGUUAGGCUCUGCCACCCCAAGACCUUGCCAAGAUGUGUGACAUGGGUGGGCUUGACAAUCUGAUUGCCAACACAGCCUAUCUACAGGCAAGGAAGAGUGGAGAUGGAGACACCAAGGAGAUGCAAAAGAGACGUAAGAGCCUCUCACUGCCCAAGAUUGAUCAAUGCACAGAGGUUAGACAGUCCAUUGUUGCUGAUUAUGACAGCAUCUGUGAGCAGCAGCCUAUUGGCAAGAAAUUCUUCAGAGACUUCUUAGAGACAGUGCCAGAAUAUUUGGUAGCUAGGGACUUCCUGGAUGAAGUGUCAAACUGGGAGUUGGCAGAGGACAAUGUCAAGAGCAGUACCAUGGAGAAUAUGGUCACCAAUUUUCUUAAGGCAGGAUCCAAAAACUAUCUAGCUUUCAUGAGCUCUGAUUUGGCCAGCAAAUGCCAGGCAGCUACUGCGAAAGACUAUGAGAAUGUCAUGCUGCUGGCCAAGGAGGAAACGAAACUCUUCCUUAAAGACAAGCCCUUCCAGGACUUCCAGACCACCCCCUUCUAUGACAAAUUCCUCCAAUGGAAAGUUUUUGAGAAGCAGCCGGUAACUGAGAAAUACUUCUAUGAGUUCCGAGUGCUGGGCAAAGGUGGCUUUGGAGAGGUUUGUGCCAUCCAGGUGAAAAAUACUGGCAAGAUGUAUGCCUGCAAGAAACUGGAUAAGAAAAGGUUGAAAAAGAAAGGUGGAGAGAAGAUGGCACUACUGGAGAAAGAGAUCCUGGAGAAGGUCAAUAGCCCUUUCAUAGUCACACUAGCUUAUGCCUAUGAGAGCAAAAGCCAUCUGUGUCUUGUCAUGAGCCUCAUGAAUGGAGGGGAUCUGAAGUAUCACAUCUACAAUGUGGGAGAAAGGGGUUUAGCAAUGAACAGGGUCAUUUAUUACUCAGCUCAGAUCACCUGUGGGAUUCUGCAUCUCCAUUCCAUCAAGAUUGUGUACCGGGACAUGAAACCAGAAAAUGUCCUCUUGGAUGAUAACGGCAAUUGCAGACUGUCUGAUCUUGGAUUGGCAGUGCAAGUCAAAGAGGGAAAAAGCAUCACUCAGAGGGCUGGAACAAAUGGUUAUAUGGCUCCAGAAAUCCUGAAGGAGGAAGAUUACAGCUAUCCUGUGGACUGGUUUGCUAUGGGGUGUAGUAUUUAUGAGAUGGUUGCUGGGCGAACACCAUUCAAGGAUUUCAAAGAAAAGGUCGGUAAGGAUGAGGUUAAAAGAAGAACUCUGGAAGAUGAGGUGAAAUUUGAACAUGCCAGCUUUACAGAGGAAGCGAAAGAUAUUUGCCGACUGUUUUUGGCUAAGAAAACAGAGAAUCGUUUAGGAAGCAGAAAUGAAGAUGAUGACCCAAGAAGACAUGGUUUCUUCAAAACAAUAAAUUUCCACAGGCUAGAGGCAAACCUUGUUGACCCUCCAUUUGUGCCAGAUCCAUCAGUUGUCUAUGCCAAAGAUGUUGCAGACAUUGCUGACUUCUCUGAAAUACGAGGAAUUGAGUUUGAUGACAAAGAUAAGAAGUUUUUCAAAAAGUUUGCAACAGGUGCUGUCCCUAUAGCCUGGCAGGAAGAAAUUAUUGAAACAGGACUGUUUGAAGAACUGAAUGAUCCUAACAGAGUAGAUUCCGGGGGUUAUGCAAACGGAGGUGAAGCUAAGUCAGGAGUUUGUUUGUUGUUGUAAAUAUCACAUCAUUAACAAAAAGAGUAGAAACCACCUCAGAACUUUCCAUAUUCUGACACUGUUUCAGAAACUCAGUGCAUCUGUUAAAGAAGAACCAAUCAGUGUAAUAGGACAUGGACAGGCUAUGUAGGACCACCAGCUGUAUAGACUAUAUUAUUUCCUUUGCUGUAACAAAGGAGAUAAUAUUUUUGUUUUAUUGGAGAUUUAUCAAGAUGAAGAACCAUAUUUCUCUAAGAAGAUUAGAAUGAUAGAAAUUCUGAAGUACAAAAAGCAAUAAUGGAGUGAAGAGGCAACACCUGUUGGAAAUGACUGACUAGCAUUUUAAAUACAAUGAUUUGUUGGUUUUCUUUCUAUUUUCUUGUUAUUUCUACUAACACUUCCUCAGUCUACAGUUUUCAGGAAACAUUUUUUUAAUUUUCAAGUAAUAUUCUCAGUUAGACAAUGGAGCUCAUAUACGAUGUCAAACUUGGAAUCUUAUUGGUUAGCCAGUCUGUCUGUUGUUUUCUUAAUUUCUAUUAGUUUUUGGGUGGUUCGAUUGUAAUAUGUUCAAAUUGUCAUAAAAUGUAAAAGAAGGCUCUACAUAUCACUAGCAAGUAGGACCCAACAGGAUCAAACUCUUUUCAAAGUUGAUUUUAACAGAGUGAAGAUAAGAUUGCACUAAUUUAAUUGAAUAAAGCAUUUAUUUAUUAUUAUUAAGCGUAUUCUUUUAAGUGAUAAUACCAUAUACAAAGAAAAUGUAUUUAUAAGUAAAUACACGUUCUUUUUGACAAUCACUUUUAAACUAUCAGGUUUCCUGAUAAUUUUUCUGUAUUUUGGUGAUAAAUUAAGCUACAAAUAGACCAAAGCAAUUUAUAACUGGCUUUUUACAAGACAUUUAUUUCAGUGCAAUAUAAAUUUUUACUUCAGUAAUUGCAAAAUGCAUUAUACUAUUAAGUGCUGUAAUGGUGGAAAGGUUAUGUGUGCAAGUUGACACUAUCUUCAAAUGUUCAUUGAUUCUCGUGCAAAUUUUGAUGUAUUUUAUUUUUCAAUUUUAUGACAAUGUAAAUCGAAUUAAUUGGAAACAUUUCUGCAAAUAUUUGCUGCUGCUGAAGUGAAUUACUCAUGAGAUGCACCCUGCUGAUUUUCUGUGGUAAGAAAAUAGGUGGCAGUUGUUUGCAGCAACUUUUAAAACUGAUUCUGCAUGCUGUUUACUGUCAUCCGUCUAGCCAUAAUUUCCAUUGACUAAAGUGAAAGUUGAAAUUGUUCCAUUCCUUGGAGUCCUGGAGGCUGCUAAUACCCUGUUUCCUAUUUUUCAGAGAGCAAACCUCCUACUGAACUCAAAGACUUCUUUUAUAUAGACACUGGGAUUGAACUCACACAUCUAAAAGAGGAAAACCAAUAGAUAUGAUGUCUUCUGUAGUCACAUCUAUCAUGUGCAACACAUAGCUUUAGUAUUUAUUUACAAUCUAAUAGCUCAUCCCAAACAUUGCAGUAAUCAAAAACUCUUUAGUUUUAAUUAGUUUUAAAUACUUUAAGUGAUUUAGUCACAGCUAAGGAAUACAUUGGUAAUACAUUGUAUUGUUCUAAGUAGAAAAAUAAUUGUUCCCUUUUUUUUCCUUUUAAAUUUGCCUUUCCAGUGCUUUAUAUACGUAAUUUUCGAGUGAAAAUCGUGAAGAACAGUGUUACUUAGGAUUAGUGGAUAAUUCUGUUCAUGAAUUAUGAGCAUAUAAUUGUCUGCCUUUUGAGGGGAGACGUGGUGUCAAAUAGUUUAAAACAAUAUAAGCUGAAUUCUGACUUGGGCUUUUAAUUGAGAAGGAUGAUCCUGAAAGAUUGUGAAAAGCAGAGGAGGUUGAGAGGAGAGAGAGUCAUGUGGUUCUGUCACGGAUUUAGGAGAGUGCUUCCACUGCUGAUAUCCAGUGAUUUUAUUUCUCAUUGCUCCCAUCUGUAGAAAGCUCUCACAGAGUGGUAUUAGGCUAAUAUAUUUAAGAAAGCCAGACAGAAAACUUUAUACAUU